AUGCUCAAAUCACCCCCUCUGCAGACGGCGACAGCCACCAUUGACACUCUUUGCGGACGUUUACAAUCCGCAGCUCUCCUUGAAGAUCGAAGAGCCGCGAUCCUCGGCCUACGAAGCUUCGCCAAGCAGUAUCCCGCCUCGGUCGCGUCUGGCUCCCUGCGCGAAUUGAUCACCACUCUGCGCCGAGAUGGCCUGGGUCAGCAGUCCGGGAAGGACGAGGGCGGGCGGAGGAGGGAGGAUGGGAGCGGGGACGUGGAUACCAUCCGUCUCGUCUUGGAGACGCUGCUCAUGCUGUUCAACCCCGACUCCGGAAGCCCAGAAGCGGGUGAUGAGAUUGCCUUUUUCAUGGCCGAUGAGUUCUCCAUGCGUCAAGACAAUAUCACCUUACUCCUGAGCCUUCUCGACCCUGCGAGUCCGUAUGCCGACUACUACUCCCGACUCUACACCCUCCAAAUCCUCUCCGCCAUAUGCGCCGCUCGACCCGAUCGCUUGCAAGAGUGCAUUCUCUCCGCACCCCUCGGCAUAUCAAGAUUAGUGGGCAUGCUAGACGAUGUUCGGGAUGCUGUGAGGAAUGCCGCGCUACUCUUAUUGGUAGACUUGACAAGCGGUGCCAAUGAAGAACUUCGAAAGAUCGUGGCGUUUGAGGAGGUCUUUGCGAAAAUCUUUGCGUUGAUCAGGAUGGAAGGAGGGUUGGCCGAAGCCGGCAUCACUGCACAAGACUGCCUGAGUCUGCUCGCAAACUUGAUUACCGGCUCGGGCAGCAACCAGACAAUGUUCCGGGAAUCAGGAUGCGUGUCCCAGCUGGCGGAAUUGCUUGCGCAGGUGUUUCCGGCUUCGAUUUCAGAGCCGGCCUACACCACUCAAAGUCGCGAAAAAUCUGCGUUUGGACUACUUCAAGUUUUGCGCUUCUUUUUCGCUGCUGGAGAACCGAGUACGCCGCAAAACCAAGUGGCUUUCUUCCGCACGGGCAUUGCGCAGACCCUGAUUGAUAUCGGCUUCUCGUCCGACCUCCCUGUUCGCAUCCGAAUGGCAUCGCUGCGAUGCGCAGCUGAACUCAUUGCCAACAAUCCGACGUUGCAAGAGAAUUUCGCCGGGUUGACCGUUGCCAGUGCGGAUGAAAGCGAAUCAUCUGCUUCGCCAGCGCCGCAAGUCAACGGAACGCGCUCCGCCGGGCCGUCAGAACGAGGGGGCAAAAAGCCAAGUGCAGAGCGGCAAAGAACAUACAUUAUCGAGGCACUCCUAGAGUUGACUCUCAGUAGCCCGCAGCCUGGCUUCGGAUUACGAUCGACAGCUUGCGCACUGGUACAGGCAUAUCUCGCAGGCCAUGAUCGAAUCAAAGCUCACUUCCUCCACCGGGCCAUAUCCGGACAUGCUCAAAAUGAGUCGGCCGCGAAUGCAUUGAACGCACUGACCAGUGUUGGUGACGAUGCAGUCAGUGCUUUGUUCGCGUCGUGGAUCGUUCAAGAUCUCACGUUGGACGAUUUCAACGCCAAGGCUGCGCUUGAAAGCGUCAAAGAAGGCAACAAAAGUGAAGGCGAAGACGUCCUGUCCUUCAUCCAGACUCUGGGGUCCGAGCUUGAGAGUGCUCUCCUUCAUUCCACGGAUGAUGUCGCUGUCGCAGCGUAUGCCAGCUUACUCACCACAUAUCUCUGGAACUUUGCCAGCGGGAUCGACAACUUCCUAACCGAAUGCUCUAGCCUCGUACAAGCUCUUACGCAGCUGGCGAAGGCAGCACAAUCCAGUGCAAUCAGGAGAGGGCUAGCUGCAGCCUUGCUGGGCACGAUCUACGAGUUUAGCACCAAGGACAGCCCGAUACCGCGGCGGCAGAUAGCCCCACUAUUAACGCAGAAUCUCUCACGAAGCAAGUAUCUAGAUGCCCUUGCUGCGCUUCGAAGCACUCCUGCAAUCCGGGACUUCGAGCUGCGGGAGGCAGACGAGGAAGACGUGGUAUUCUGCGAAUCGUUUGUCAACCUUUUCACCGUCGAGUACUCGAGGCUGCGCAAAGCCAUCGACAAAGAUCCUGGCAUGGAAGUCCUGCCCCCAUCGGCUGCCGAAGCGGGUGUCGAUAGGGACGUCCUGGAUGACCUGCGACAGCAGUUACAGACGGGUAAAGAUGCUUUGACGCAGGCACAGGAUGCGGGCAGGGCUGCGACCCAGAAGCAUGAACAAGAACGAAUGGCCUUGGGGAAAGAGCUGCAGUCUGUGAGAGCGGAAGUUGAACGGCUUCAGCGUAUCAAUCAGUCUAUGCAACAGGGCCAUGAAUCGGAACUCGAGAAAUUGAAUGCGAAUCAUCAGCGACAACAACAAGAGCUGCUGACGAAGCAUCAGCGCUCGUUAGAUGCCGCAACGCAGGCUACGACUGUUCAGGUCCAGAACUCCAUUCGCGAGCGAGAUGCCUCAUAUGCGGAGAAGAUACAAGAGUAUGAGCGGCGAUUGGUCGAGCUGGGCAACACCUACCGAGCAGAGCAGAGUGGGCAUAAUAAUACCCGACAGCAGCUCGAGCGGAUGACGGCAAAUCACGACGCGGUUGCUGCUAGGGAACAGAGCUUGAAAGAUCAGUUUGCGGACCUGAAUCAGCGGCACUCUCGCCUGAGUCGGGAGCAUGAGCAGCUCGGAAACUCUUCAUCGCAGUCCACGGGUGAGCUCGAACGCAUCAAAGGCGAGUUGGAGCAAGUGCGCAGCCGCGCAGAGCGCCUUGAUGCUCAACUGAAAGAUCUUCAAGAAGAGCUCAAGAGCCGAGAUCAAGAGCUUGCGGUCGAACGAGCGGGCUUCUCCGAGCUUGAACGGGAGCUGGAGGCUGCUAAGAAGGGCGCAAGCAGCUCUACUCUGCCGAACGACAGCGGGGAGAAGGUGGCCGAGCUGCAGCAGGAGUUGCGAGAGGCGAGGGAGAGCGAGAAGAGCGCCAAGGAGGAGCUGGAUAGCAUGUUGCUGGUCAUGGGCGAUAUCGAGGCCAAGAGGGACGCGUAUAGAGAGCAGGUCAAGGCUCUGGGCGGAGCGGUCAGUGAAGAUGAUGCGGACGAGGAGGAAGAGGACGAUGAGGAGGAGGAGGGCGAGGACGUUGACUAG